GAGCAAAGUAGUUAUUAGUAAGCCGGGCCGGCUGCUAAGAUCGACGGGCCGGAGAGUUUGGAGUGGAUCCCCGUGCCGUGCCGAUUUCCCCGGCCGACCUCCUCUCAGACGCAAUUCCCCAACGGAAUCUGUGUAAAAAAUCUGCGUAAUACACCGAGGGGGACAAAGAUCAGAAAUUCUGUUUGUUUCUGCCAGAAGAGUUCUGAUUUGGUUUUGGCCAAGACAGCCCCGGGUUUUGGCUCCGAGAAUGCGCUUCGGCCUAUACAUUCCGACCUACAGAUCCCUUCAUCGAACAUAUAUCGUAGCUAAACAUAUUGGAAUCUUGGGCUUAGGCUUAUAGACUAGAAAACUUGACCCCCAUUGUCCUAGCAUCUUUCUUCAACUCACCUCUCCAAGAGCCAUGGCCAUCGACAAAAUGCACGGCCUCGUCGGCGCCGGCUCUGGGCAAUACCGCCUCGCCUCGAACCUCCAAAUCCCCUCGCUGCGCCCAGGAACCUUCCUCGUUCACGUCCACGCCGUUGCCCUCAACCCCAGUGACGCCAAAAAGGCAGACUAUUCCAACGUCCCGGGCGCUACCUCGGGCCACGACUUUGCUGGGACCGUCGUGCGCGUUGCCCCGGAUGUGGUACCGCGUUUUCAGGAGGGGGACCGCGUCUUGGCUGUCGCGUAUGGCAUGCAUGGCGAAGAUCCGCUGAGGGGCGCUUUCUCGGACUACGUGCUGGCGACGGCGGACGUAGCUUGCAAGAUGCCUGAGGGAAUGGGCUUCGAGGAGGCGUGCGCGAUGCCGACGGCCCUGGCGACAGCCGGGUUAACGCUUUUCCACGAGCUGAGGCUGCCGUUUCCCGGUACGCAGGAGGCUCGGAGCAUGUCAGGGACGCCUGUGCUCGUGUCUGGCGGUGCCAGUGCCACAGGCACUAUGGCGAUUCAGUUGUUGAAAAGAGUUGGCCUCAACCCCAUCGUCACCUGCUCACCCGCCAAUAACGCUCUAUGCGAGUCCUUCGGCGCUAUUGCCUGCUUCGAUUACCACAAGCCUACCUGCGGCACCGAAAUCCGCUCCUACACAAACGAUAGGCUCGCCUACGUCCUCGACUGCGCUACAGAAGCCUCCACUAUGAAGAUGUGCUACGAGGCUUUCGGCUCGUCGGGUGGCAAGUAUAUUGCCCUGGAAGCAUUUUCCACAACGGUGCAGUACACCCGGCGGGAUGUGGUAGCGGGAUGGGUUAUGGUACCAUCUAUGUUUGGGGAGGGGGUCAAGCUGCCGGGGGCGUACGGGCGGCCCGUGUCAAGCGAGGAUAGGGAAUUCUCAAAGCGGUUUUUUGAAAUGGUCGAGGGGAUGCGGGGGGAAAAGGUUAUCAAGAAUCAUCCGGUUGAGCUGAGGGAAGGGGGACUAGGUGCGCUGACAAAUGGAAUUCAAGAAGUGCGUUUGGGACAUGUGAGGGCGAAGAAGUUGGUGUAUCCUCUGCUCACGACGGUAUAUUGAUUUGAGUGAGGGAAGCUUUCAGCUCUGUAUACAAAAUCAGACCGACCGCUUAAUGAUUCGAGUUUCAGCCAUCUCUGAGAUAACAUAGAUAGCCGCUGAACCUUUCUACGUGAUUGGGCGAAAGCGCUGUUGACCAUAUUAUAUAUUAUGAAGAGAGCCA